AUGAUCCGUGAGCUGGAGGGCCAAGGAGUGGUCAACAAAACCCACUCACCCUUCAACAGCCUCAUCUGUCCUGUGCGUCCUCCUAGCAAGAAGAACCAAGCCAAAGGAGACAAGAAAUCUCUGGAGGCAUCUGAACUUUUGGACAAGAUGCUGAGUGAUCUGGAGAGACGCCGUGCGAGCUGCCAGCUCAGCAGUGGAGCACAGCACGGGCUCACGCUCCCCAUUGCUCCCACAGAAGCACUUGGCAAGUCAGAUGCAGAUGCUGAGAAUCCACCGAGCACCCCAAGAGUUUUCUGCCCCCAGGAUGUGCGCAGGACCUGCAUGAUAGGCACAGUAGUGACACUGUUCACUGUGCCACUUGCCAUGGUCCUGUGCUAUGUCGGGUUCCGGUGGUGGAAGGGAAGAAAACAUCGCCCUGCUGCAGCUCCAGCACCCUGGCCAAGAAGGCGCCACUCUCCGUCGCCCCCAGGGAGCCCAAGGACCGUCCGGUUUGACAGCUCUCAGACAUGGCCUCAGCGGCAGCAGUCACCCAGGAAGGCAGAACACCAGCCCUCCGUGCCUCCCCCACGGCCCCCCAGCCCAGCUAUGAAGCGGAAGCCCCCCGAGAUCCCCCCACCUCCACCCCUGCCGAGCCGGCCGCCCUGGUCCAGCUAG